AUGGCGAGCAAGUUCAAAGUUCUCAAACUUUGGGAUUGCUGCUGCCUGCGAGCAUUACCCGAGUUUCCAUGUUCCGGGAGUCUCGAGAUAUUAGAUAUGAAGAGUGCCUUGUGCUUUCCGUCUGAUGGUAACGACCUAGAUUUUGCCAAUUUGUGGAAUCUGAAAGUGCUCCUUAUGCAAAAUUGUGGAGUCAAAGAGAUGACAUGCAGUAGUAGCAGAACCAUUGGGAUGUUGCAUCUGCUUCCGUGGUCUCUAACCACCCUCCACAUUAACGAGUGUCAAAAACUGAAGUGCCUCCCCAAUCUAGAGAAUCUGGAGAACUUGACUGCCCUAUCCAUCCACAGUUGUCCCUUGUUGAAGGAGAUCAUCGGCCUUGGAGGGCUGAAACCCUUGAAAACUCUGAGUCUAAGUUUUUUGCAGGCUGUGCCCAAUGUGGAUGGUCUAGACAGUCUCUGCUCUUUGAAAUCCUUGAUACUGACACACUGCGAUGCACUGGAAAGACUACCCAACUUGGCAUUUUUGGGAAAGUUGCUUCAUCUAGACAUCUCAUGUUGCCACAACCUCUCGGCAAUCCAAGGCCUUGGUGGGUUGGAAUCGUUGCAAACGCAUCUGAUUGACGGUGCAAAGUGUUUAACUUGUCUCCUCGGCUUUGAAACUCUCCUGUCUCCUAACAAGUUGUGA